UGACGUUUGAUGCAUUAAGGGGUCAUCGGUUGAUGCGAUAAUCCACGGUGACAACACAUCCGGGAGGAAUUAUACGGGUAGUGCUACGGCCGAACUGUUGCCGAGUCUUGCUGGUUAGCAAGAGGGGAGGACAAAAAUGACAAUCCCCUAAUGAUAAAAUUAAUAGUCCCACUCACAGCCAAUUAUUCCCUCGUGUAAGCAACUUAUUGCAUGAUGUGGCCGUUAGAAUAAUUAAAUUAACUUCCCAAUAAUUUGUCAAUUAUAUCUCGUAAACGCUCACAUAAAUUUAGUUAUGACUGGCGAAUCUCGACAAAAUUGAGCAUUGAUAUAGCUAGAUAGCUUAACGGAAAGUUUUCCAGUCAUUUGGGGAAAUCAGAAUUUACUCUAAGGAUAAAGUUUGGAUCAUGAAGACAACUGCAGGUCUAAAUUUUCACAGCUUCAGAAAAAUGCAGAAUUUUUCCUCGAUCCAUCAACAGGGGGCCACAUCAGAAGAUGUAUCCAAACCCAAAAAGCCCAGACACAGAACAACGUUCUCGCCUUUUCAAUUGAAAGAAAUGGAGAAAGCAUUCAGAAAAGCGCCCUAUCCUGACGUCAUGACCCGGGAAGAACUGGCGAGGCGAUUGGGUUUGAACGAGUCACGUGUUCAGAUUUGGUUUCAAAAUAGACGGGCAAAGUGGCGAAAAGGAUAUUCCCCAAAACUGGACAUAAGUUCAAAAACAAAUGAAAACGAACAGAAAGAGGAGCCGAAACCUUCAUUACCAUUACCACCUCCAACUACAAAAGAGUCUUCAGAUCCCAAGACCGUUUCCUGGCAACCAUGGCCCGUUCUGACUGAUUAUUCUCCCUAUCCCUCUACUUGGAUGGGAUUUGCAAGUCAUACUCACAAUCCCAUUUUGUUCAGUCAACAGUCUCUAUUUUAUCCAAGAGAAGUCAGUAGCACUAGACAAUCCGAUCUAAACGUGCCAUUAAAUCUGGUUCAGAGGGAGUAUUCUUAUGGUGAAAAUGUUUUUGAUAUGUCCAAGUUUUUGCCCAAAGAGAAGGAAUGAAAUGGAACUCAUAAGACAGUGCAUAAAUUAUACAUAAACUCUUGAAACAAGUGAAUAGGGAAUUCUGAUUAUUUUUCUUUUCAUUUUAAACGUUUCUUUUUUUUUCUUAGCAUUUUUACAAGGUUUAGUGAAACCUUUUUCACUUUCAUCGUUCAUCCUACUUACAUGUAGUAAGGCACCUGUAGAUCUUAGCAAAAUACUUUCAAAAUAUGCCAAGUUUCAGAACACAGACAAGCCAAAUAUACAAACUGUUAUAAAUUUAUAUGUUACCUUGAAUGCUAUCUAUUUAGUGCCUUUCUGUAUAUAGUUACGUUCUUAAAUAUUUUUGCUGACAAUAUUUGGAGCUUAUUAUACAUGUAUCUGCCACAUAUUUGCUGGGCCGUGCAAUUGUACAGCAGUGCUAACUUCAUAUAUUAUAAUAAUGUACCUUUUUUUAAAAGAGAUAUUUUUCAAGCUU